UGCCAAAUCUGAUCAGGCUUUAUUCUCGAAUCAAUGCAAGAGGUUUGUUCUGUUCUCCGGCAUUCAGUGGACAACUAUUCCUUUAUUUCCUUAUAUUUGUAGAUAUUUUAUGAUAAUUUCCUGAAGUCAGCAGGCGAAAUAGAGCUGGGGUUUUUUUUGGUUAUUUUUCCUGUUUAUUGCUCGGGUUCGGUAAAAAAAAACAAAAAGAAAACCUUAAACUUUGGAGUUCUGAUGUGGCAAGCUAACUGUCGACGAAUGCAUAAUUUAGCAGACUGGAUUUCCGGGUCCAUGAUGGGAGGCUGUGUUGGGAGGAGGAGCGGAACCGAUGGACAGGAGAGUACCAGAAGCUUGACCAGAGGCAAAAAACGUGGAGGACGCAACGAGCCUCUCAAAAAGGAGCGUCCCAAGUGGAAGAGCGAGUACCCAAUGACCGAGGGCCAGCUCAGGAGUAAACGGGAUGAGUUUUGGGACACGGCCCCGGCCUUUGACGGACGGAAAGAGAUCUGGGACGCGCUGCGAGCGGCAGCCCUGGCGGCAGAGUGCAAUGACCUGGAGCUGGCGCAGGCUAUCGUGGACGGAGCCUGCAUCACUCUGCCUCACGGCUCUCUCGCUGAGAGUUAUGAUGAGCUCGGCAACCGCUACCAGCUGCCAGCCUACACUUUAACCCCCCCUGUCAACCUCAUCACCGAAACAUGCAACGAAAGCAAAGUGUGCGAAUCCACACAAAAGCAAACGCAGCCUCCUCCAUGCAGGCAGGAGUUCCAGCUCCGCGUGCGAUUGUCCACCGGAGAGGACGUGCGUCUGACCGCCAGCAUGGCCGACUCCAUCGCUGAGCUGAAGAAGCAGCUGCAGCGACAAGAAGACAUCGACGUGUCCCGCCAGAGGUGGUUCUUCUCGGGGAAACUCCUCACCGACAAGACGCGUCUGCAGGACGCCAAAAUCCAGAAAGACUUUGUUGUCCAAGUCAUUGUCAACGUGAACCCUGCAAUUCUCUCCAACUGAAACACAACCAGAAAGUGGUGAUAAUUUGAAGGGAAGCAGCGUAUGUACUUGGACUUUGUGUACAAUUUUAUAUAUAAGUAUUGUUUUUUUAUUGUUCCUUUUUUGUAUUUGUUCUCCCUAUUUUUCCAAAGAAAUUAAGAAUACUUAAAAAAAAAAAAAAAAGCACCGAAAUACUUUAGAAAAAAGGUAGAAUCUUACCACAUUUGCCCCACAACUUACACCAGGGGUGUCCAAACUUUUUCCACACACGGAAACAUUAAAACAUGCAGGGGCUGUUUUGAUAUUUUUCAUUUUCAAACCAUAACAAAAUAUAUGGAUUCUUUUUUAUUUGUUUUACCUUUAGGACUCCCAGGACCAUAGAAGGUCUCUGUCAUGGGGAGAGUGGCCGUGCGCAACCCGAGCGUCCCUGGUUCAAUUCCCACCUAGUCACGUCCGUCGUGUCCUGAGCAAGACACUUCACCCUUGCUCCUGAUGGGUGCUGGUUGGCGCCUUGCAUGGCAGCUCCCUCCAUCAGUGUGUGAAUGUGUGUGUGAAUGGGUAAAUGUGGAAGUAGUGUCAAAGCGCUUUGAGUACCUUGAAGGUAGAAAAGCGCUAUACAAGUACAACCCAUUUAUUAUCAUUUAUCAUUAACAUGUUAUGAGUGUGAAUGUUGUCUGUCUAUCUGUGUUGGCCCUGCGAUGAGGUGGCGACUUGUCCAGGGUGUACCCCGCCUUCCGCCCGAUUGUAGCUGAGAUAGGCGCCAGCGCCCCCCGCGACCCCGCAAGGGAAUAAGCGGUAGAAAAUGGAUGGAAUGGAUGGAUGUUAAAAAUAAGUCAAAUUAUUAUUUAAUUUUUUUAUGUAAUUCUUACAGUAAAUCUGUAUAUCAACUUUGUUGAUAUAAAGUAAAGAAGAAAAAAAAGGUUUUAUGCCUUUUAAGUCAAAGACAACAUUUUUUUUUUAUAGUAAAACUGAAAUAUGCAGUAUUCAGAAAGCAAUGUUUAAUCUGAAGUAAUUGGAGCCCUAAAAAGAUCAAUAAUGCAGGACACCAUUGAUAUAAAUGUAUUAUUAUUUCUGAGUAAUCACAGUGAUAAAAUAAAUGAAAUCCUACUAAAUAUCUUUGGGAUCCAAAAGGUCCCCCACUCAUAAAGUGAUACAUUUUUAUUAUUAUUUGUUUUACUUUCAACACUUAAGUUACGGGGUUCACGGUGGCAGAGGGGUUAGUGCGUCUGCCUCACAAUACGAAGGUCCUGCAGUCCGGGGUUCAAAUCCAGGCUCGGGAUCUUUCUGUGUGGAGUUUGCAUGUUCUCCCCGUGAAUGCGUGGGUUCCCUCCGGGUACUCCGGCUUCCUCCCACUUCCAAAGACAUGCACCUGGGGAUAGGUUGAUUGGCAACACUAAAUUGGUCCUAGUGUGUGAAUGUGGUCUGUCUAUCUGUGUUGGCCCUGCGAGGAGAUGGCGACUUGUCCAGGGUGUAGCCCGACUUCCGCCCGAUUGUAGCUGAGAUAGGCGUCAGCGCCCCCCGCGACCCCAAAAGGGAAUAAGCAGUAGAAAAUGGAUGGAUGGAGGGCACUUAAGUUACGAGAUCAACUUCAGAUAUAUCUGUCGAUUUUACCUUUGAACUAUUAUUUUGUUGGUUUUAUGCUCUUUUGUCAAAGAAAACACUAUUUUUAUAUGGCAACCAUACAGUAUAUGCACAUAAUAUUUUCCACAUAAAACAAAGUCAAAUAUUUGAAGUAAUUGGAGCCUUAAAUAGGUCAAUAAUUCACUAUAUAAAAAAAAAUGUUUAACUUUUUUUUUUUUUGCAUUGGCAAUAAUCAAUCAAUGUUUACUUAUAUAGCCCUAAAUCACUAGUGUCUCAAAGGGCUGCACAAACCACCACGACAUCCUCGGUAGGCCCACAUAAGGGCAAGGAAAACUCACACCCAGUGGGACAUCGGUGACAAUAAUGACUAUGAGAACCUUGGAGAGGAGGAAAGCAAUGGAUGUCGAGCGGGUCUAACAUGAUACUGUGAAAGUUCAAUCCACAAUGGAUCCAACACAGUCGCGAGAGUCCAGUCCAAAGCGGAUCCAACACAGCAGCGAGAGUCCCGUUCACAGCGGAGCCAGCAGGAAACCAUCCCAAGCGGAGGCGGAUCAGCAGCGCAGAGAUGUCCCCAGCCGAUACACAGGCGAGCAGUACAUGGCCACCGGAUCGGACCGGACCCCCUCCACAAGGGAGAGUGGGACAUAGAAGAAAAAGAAAAGAAACGGCAGAUCAACUGGUCUAAAAAGGGAGUCUAUUUAAAGGCUAGAGUAUACAGAUGAGUUUUAAGGUGAGACUUAAAUGCUUCUACUGAGGUGGCAUCUCGAACUGUUACCGGGAGGGCAUUCCAGAGUACUGGAGCCCGAACGGAAAACGCUCUAUAGCCCGCAGACUUUUUUGGGGGUUUUGGGAAUCACUAACAAGCCGGAGUCCUUUGAAUAAGAGCAAAAGAAAAACAAACAGCCUGCAUAUGGCAGCUUUGUGUCAACAAUGCAACUUUUCCCUGUUAGAUUUCACCUUAUUCUACUUUUUUAAGUGUUUUUUAAAUUUAUUUUUGCAAUAGCAUUUCCAGAAUGUGUGGCGGACCGCAAAUGGCCCCCGGGCCGCACUUUGGACACCCCUGGCUUACACCGAUAUUCCUCUUUGUUUUGUGUCUUCUUCCUUGUGGCAAUAGCAAACUAAAACCUUUUUGCAACUUAAAUUAAAAAAAAAAACACAUUUUUCUUCCAUAAUUUAAGAAGAUGACAGAAGGGGAAAUGUAAAUAUCAGCAUAUUAAUAUGUUUGGUCAAUCAGCGCUGUGCUCAAACACUGUCAUUCUAUUAAAAAAAAAGACAUGAACUAUGAAAAA